AUGAAGUCAAAGUCACAGCUACAGAUGGCAAGAAGAUUGGAACAAAGAAGUUCACAAUCACCAAUCAGAAUAACACAGUUCUCACAAUCUAUUUCGAACCAAAACUUAAUGCACAUACAACAAAGGGACAAGGUCAACUUCACAGCUGUCAUCAAUGAUCCAGAUACAAACUUCGAUAACAAGUUCACUGUUUCUCUGUUCUACAACGAUAAAAGUCAAGAAGACGAUCACAUCAACUAA